AUGCGGGACAGUGGCCUAGGAGGCAAACUGGUGAAGAGGAUGAAACGCUUUGGUGAUACCUUGAACCCUGAUGAUGCGUAUCUAAGCUAUCAUGAUAUUCGAUUAACGCGAGGAGACAUGCAAUCUUUGAAGGAUGACUGGCUUACUGAUAAUGUAAUUUCGUUCUGGGAGGAGUAUCUCGAGCGCGAAUUCCUGAAUCAUUCCAAAUCCGCCAAUAUCGUUCUUUUACGCCCCAGUAUGUCCUUCAUGAUACUUCAGACCCCGGAUCCUCGGACUCUCCGCGAGGCACUACCGGAUUUCUCCCGAACCACGCAUGUCUUUCUACCUAUCAAUGACUGCCGCAAUGUCAGCGAAGCUGAAGGAGGGACUCACUGGUCGUUGCUGCUCGUAUCGAUUGUUGACGGACUCGCUUUUCACUAUGAUUCCCUCCCUCCUGGAAACUUCUGGGAGGCGCGCGCCGUGACGAUAAAGCUGGGGAACUUAUUGAAUCGAAGUAUUCGAUACGUCCACUUGGAUGAUUCGCCGCUUCAAGAGAACGGAAGUGACUGUGGAGUAUUCGUCUGUUGGAGCAUGCGUUAUCUUCUUCUGAAGCGAUUGUUGACGGCUAAUACGAAUGAGAAGGUUAGUCUGAGUCUAGGUGGAAGGAAGGUCGAUGCUAGGUCUGCAAGAAAGGAAAUUGCGCGGAUAAUUGAGGGUUUCCGCAAGGAGGGAGAGAGGCGAAGAUCGGCGAGCAUGAGCCCUAUGGGUCAUAGGUCGACCAGCCCGCCAAGAAUCGAAUGA